UGUUACUAGUUCCACCGUGUCCAGAUUUGACAGGAGCCUUGAUGACACCAUGGAUAACACACACACAGACCAAAACAACACGAUGGAGCGCUAUAAAACACCGACACACACAUGCAAAGACAGACAGAGGCACAGCGAGCGAAGACACUUUCUACAUGAGAGACACUUUCUACCUGAGGCUUACCUGAACCAUGGGCGUCAUCGUCUCACACAUUUUCUCCAGACUCUUCUCCAAGCAUCCCGUCAGGAUUUUGAUGGUGGGUCUGGAUGCUGCAGGUAAAACCACCCUGCUGUACAAACUCAAGCUGGGUGAGGUCGUCGCCACCCUCCCAACUAUUGGGUUUAAUGUGGAGACUGUGGAGUAUAAGAACAUCAGCUUCACAGUUUGGGAUGUUGGUGGUCAGACGAUCAUCAGGCCGCUGUGGAGACAUUACUACGUUAACACACAGGGUUUGAUAUUUGUGGUCGACAGCAACGACCCAGAGAGGAUCAAAGAGGCGUCUGAGGAGCUGCACACACUGUUGCAGGAGGAUGAGCUGAAGGGUGUGGCCGUGCUGGUCUUUGCUAACAAGCAGGAUUUACCCAGAGCCAUGUCUGUCAGUGACAUCAUCGAGGCCCUGAGUUUAAAAGGAGUGUCACAGCCGUGGUCGGUCCAGCCAUCCUGCGCCGUCAGCGGCACCGGUCUGGUUGAAGGUCUGGACUGGCUCUCUAAUGAGAUCCUGAAACGGUAACAGACAUCGGGGUGACGAGGAGUUCUGCUUUACUUUGUUUGUUGAGUCUUCUGUCUUCUGUGAACUGAGGUGAGCGGUGAAUCCAGAAGCAGCAUGAAGGAUCCUUUGCAACUGUUAAAUUGGCCUCAUCACAAAGACAUUUGACAGGAAAUGCUGUCACUCAGAGUUCUAGAAGAAACUCAAAAACAGGAGAUAAAAGUCUAAACGGGGCUAAUUUUUCCUUAACUUUUAUUUUUUUAAUCACUUUUGUUCAAACUUGCUGAGACAACACAAGCUGCUUUAAAACUGCCUCCACAGAACUUACCAGAACGGUGUUUUUAUUUUUCUCAUCUAUCAAACUUACUUUACUUGCUGAUGUAGUACGUAAAUUAUCAAAGGUUAGCAUUGUCUCAAAUGGACCACGAUGAGUUUAAUUAUUACCACAAAUGACGUUUGAAAUGUUUAAACCACAUUUUAUGAACAGCUGCCAGAAGUUGUGCCUUCGAUCGUUAAAUUCACUACACCUGCCAAACAACGCCCUAACACGUGUAAUGUUGUUUUUACCUGCAAAAAACUCAGUGCUGCUCUUGCUCAGCUAACCUGGGCUACCAGUCAUCAUCAUCACAAUGAAAAUUGUUUAGCAGUCCCUCUGAUGCAGCCAGUUAUGUGAACUCAACUAUGCACUCCAAAUAGUGAUUGUAAAUAUGGACGAAUGAGACCUGAUAGACACAGCAUAGAUGGACAUCACCCAUUGGUUAAUGAAAUACUGCUGUGAAGCUUCGAGAUUGUUUUUUUUGGUUUUGGUUUUGGUUUUUUUUGCCAUCACCAAAUUGUUGUUUUGAAACAAUCAGCUCAUUAGAUAAUAUCUUGUCAAUCACAAUGAUAGCCUGGCUCUUAAAAUGACCAUAAUUAAGUAAAUUAAUGAUUGUUUUAUUCAGUAUGACCCGAAACCAAACAUCAUGAAAGUGUUUAGUGGGGCCAGGGCAGAGGGAUGUUUUUGCAUAGAUUGUGUAGACAAGCAGUCUUUUUGCAGCCACAGGUAUCGCCCCCUGGUGGCUUUUACAUUUACUUAAAAAGUGUGAGGGCGUCACUGUUCAGUGAAGCCACCAUUUUUUUACAUGGGUUGGCACGAGGAGAACAAAAGACAUUCAGAAUGCUGAUGGGAAAUUUUAGAAAAGACUACCAAACCA